AUGGACGUGGCGGAGAUCGAGGAGGUCAUGGCCAUUUCCAAGGCAGCUUCUCGGGCUUCAGCCGUGGCCGUGGCCGUGGCCUUGGCCGUGGAGGGGUGGAGGCUUCUCCAGCGGUCCAUCAAUCUACUCGUGUGUUCUGACUCCAAGGGUACUCAAAGCACCGGGUACAUUGCGCUGAUAAGCGUGUCGAGGGCGCCCAAUGGAGUCAUCCCUACUGUCGAACUUUCUGUUCCCAUCGUGAUUUCUUUCAUCAACCUCGGCAGCCGUCAGCACAAGUUCCAGCAGUCCCUUGUCUCUGAGUUGAUGACCGAUGUUUUGCUAAACAAUGAACAGGUUGUCUGGAUGUAUGCUCUUCCCGCCAACAUGCGCAUGACGAGAUCUCAUGAUACCCAGAAGUGGUGGGUGGGGGAACAAGCUGGGAAGAAGUGGCCGGAGGUUGUUGGCACAGUCCCCAAGAGAAGACCACCUUGA